UCAUGGCCGAAGCUUUGUCGCCUUUCGUUUACUGGGGGCAGAAAACAGAUCAAGUCUUCCUCAAAGUUGAUCUCAGAGACGUGGAAAAUGAAGAAGUAAAGCUGACAGAGGAUGGUUUGACAUUUAAUGCCGAGGGGUUCGGUGUGAGCGGCCAGAAUUACUAUGGUAUUGACAUUGAGUUCUAUCAUCCUGUCGACCCAGAGGAAAGCAAAUAUCGAGUGAUGGGAAGAUGCAUUGAGUUUCAAAUUAAGAAGAGUGGUGAUGGGGAGAUAUGGCCAAGACUUACGUAUGAUAAAGUCAAGUUGCCCUGGCUGAAGAUUGACUUUGACAAGGUGGCAUAUGACGAUACAGAGUCGGAGAAGGAAGAAGAACAGAACCCUGAACAGGCCAGAUAUUUAAAGGACCUGGAGAAUCAACUGUUAGCUAACUGUGAUAUUGAGCCAUUUCCAGACGUUAAAACAUGCUACCUGUUUGUAUACAACUUGGUCCAAUAUGUCGGCUUCACAUACAUAUUCGCCGCUCUCACCUACCACAUCUUCAAGGACAUGAAUUUUGCAUUUACUAAUACGCUGGAAAUUUCUGGGACACAGAUGCUGUUUGUACAAACAGCUGCUGUCCUAGAAAUUGUUCAUCCUUUGUUAGGCUGGGUGAAGUCCAGUCCCGUUCCAGCCUUCAUGCAGGUCAUGGGUCGGAACUUCCUGUUGUUUAUUGUGUUGGGGCAGGAGCCGAGACUACAUGACAAGUCAAUAGUGUUCAUCUUGUUUAUGGUGUGGAGUGCCAUAGAAGUUGUACGAUAUCCAUUUUACAUGCUGUCAGUAUUGGGAAAGAAGAACACUUUUAUCACAUGGUGUCGCUAUACAGCCUGGAUUCCCCUGUAUCCUCUGGGUUUUAUUUCUGAGGCAUUAAUCAUUCUGAUGGCGAUCCCAUACUAUGAAGACUCCGAGAGAUUUUCAGUAUUCCUUCCAAAUUCUUACAACUUUUCCUUUUAUUUCCCAUGGUUUUUAAAACUCUACUUAGGCAUAUUCAUCCCAGCGGGCUACUUCCUGAUGAAUUCCAUGUUUCAACAAAGACAAAAGGCUUUAAAGCCACUCGGGACUAAGAGGGAGUAGGAUCAACCAUCAUAAUAUGUGUUACUGUUAUUUGAUAAUCAGAAAAGUCGGGUGAUUUUUAAAUGUUCUGGUGAUUUUUAAAGGUAUAUAGCACAUGUGGUAUCAUGAGUGUUUACGUUUUGUAGAAUAUUAUUGUUUAUCACAUGUGAAACAGAUAAAUAUGGUCAGAAGUUAACUACCUACAACAUUUUAGAAAUAAUUUGAAAGUUGGUAGCUCACCUAAUUCUUAGGUUUCACAGUAAGUGGAGGAUAGCACAUAGUUUGAUAUAAAAUCACUUCAUGAAAUGUAUCGUAGUAAAAAAGGCUCUUCUAUCAAAAGGUCAAUCAAAUAAUGUUAAAAUCGAUUAAAAACAUAGGUUAGAAACAAAACAAAACUUACAUCUUGUAAGCUGAAACAAGUGGUAGAUUGCCAGGUAAAAACCAAGAUUGAAAACAAAAUCAUUCGAAUUUGUGAAUAGGAUAAUUACAAACUGUAAUCGUUUAAGAAGAAAAAAAUCAAUUUUAAUUUAAAAUCAUACCUGGUAACUAUCAUUCUACAGAAUGAUGAUGCACUGUAAUUUAAAAUAUCUACAGAUAGCUGGAGAAAAACUAAGGUUGUAUUUGAUUUGUUGUAAGCUAGAACAGACAUGACUGCCUAGCUGAUUUCUAAGAGAGUCUGUCAAUUUUUACCCCAGAUAUUAUUUCUUUUUAAUAUCCUUUUUUAAAGGAAGGUUACUAUAAAUGUUUGUUCAAUUCACCCAGGGUAAAGAAGGGAGUUUUAGUCCAAAUUAUACCUGUUUUUUGAGGGGUAAUUUUAAGCUUUUUUAGAAAGAUAUUUAUUGUGUGUUCAUUAACAUACAAAUGAACUUACAAAUCAGGUUGAAAUUAAUGAUGAAGUUGAAACAAAAAUAUAUUAAUUUUUCACGUGAACAGAACUUGUUUUUAACAUGAUUCUGUCCAGAUAAAUAAUCUGUGUUCCCAAAGGUUGAUAUCAUGCAAAAAUACUGUAUGCCAAGCUGUUGUUGAUGUAUUUAUUUUCAAUUACGAUAUAGAUUUAUUUUUAAUUUGUAUGAUCAAUGCUGGAGAUAGCUGUGUGGGACUGCCUGAUUACAAUUGUCACUUUGAGGUUGUAGUAAUUUUUGGUCACUGUGGAGCAUUAGAGAAUGUGUUCAAUACAUUAGGCAUUCAUUAUUACUGUUCAUUAUUUUGCUUAUACAUGAACUUAUGAAUUUAAAAAAAAAUAAAAUAUGAGGAUAAUUUAUGAAAAAUUGUAUUUGGUGAAGUUGUUAUAUGUAUAUAUAAUUACAUAGUAAAAUGUAGUUGUAUCUGAUGGUUCUGUGUAGAUGAUUAAGUGAAUAUCUAAGAAUAGCUUAUCGCAGUAGUCUCCCUUAACUUGUGUUGCCCAAGUUGUAUUAAACAUAAGGCCAUACGAUAUAGAUUUAUUUUUAAUUCGUAUGAUCAAUGCUGGAGAUAGCUGUGUGGGACUGCCUGAUUACAAUUGUCACUUUGAGGUUGUAGUAAUUUUUGGUCACUGUGGAGCAUUAGAGAAUGUGUUCAAUACAUUAGGCAUUCAUUAUUACUGUUCAUUAUUUUGCUUAUACAUGAACAUAUGAAUUUAAAAAAAAAAUACAUAUGAGGGUAAUUUAUGAAAAAUUGUAUUUGGUGAAGUUGUUAUAUGUAUAUAUAAUUACAUAGUAAAAUGUAGUUGUAUCUGAUGGUUCUGUGUAGAUGAUUGAGUGAAUAUCUAAGAAUAGCUUAUCGCAGUAGUCUCCCUUAACUUGUGUUACCCAAGUUGUAUUAAACAUAAGGCCAUUUGUUAAGUACGGCUGGACAUUUAAAAGUGUGGACAGACUAACAUGGCAUUCUGAUUACUUCUUACACUAUCCUUUAUUUAGUAGCUGGGACUUCCAAGACCUGUUAUGCUAUUGAAGUCCUCUUCAGUUUACUGGUGGUGAAAGUUUCAAGCGAUAUAUUAAAACAAUUCUGCUCAAGUUUUCUCAGUGGUGGGACUGUUCAGAGGAUAAAACUGGUCUUGAAUAUAUUCUGAUAAAAUACACAGAUAGGAAAGGUUGUUUUUGAAAGUGUGUGGUAUCUGGUCAUGUCUUCUUGUAGUCAGCUCUCUGUUGUGUUUUGGUGUGUUGAUGUUUGCUGGUUUUCUGUUUUAUGUACUUUUAAUGUUUUACCAAAGCAUUGUUUAUCAUUAGGAUGCAUUAGUAAGGGGAGGAACCCAUGAUGUCACCUUUUUCUUGAGCGUCACAAUUGGCUCAUGACGGAGUAGUUUCCCUUGAAUAAGACUACCAAUACAAAAUAUACAGUCUGACAUGAGUUUCCAUUUUUUCCAUAGUAUCUUUAAUUUUAAGGUGCCUUUAUAAAACUGCAAUUAACAACUGUGACAGUUUCACAAAUCUCUCACGAAAUUGAAACAAAUGUACUGCUUAUGGCACAAACCAAGAUUUUAUGCAAAUAUUCGUAAAAAACACACUUUCUGAAGCUGACUUAAAACCUAAACUAUCAUCCAUUAUAAUUGUAACUUUGUGAAGCCAUGAAGUUCUGAGUUGGGAUGUCACAAUGCAUUUUUUUUAAUACUUUUUUUUCUCUGGAUUCAACCAGAUUUUAGAUACGCAUGUCAUGUGACGCGGGUCAUUUGUUGUUCUGAUUAAUGCCAAAAAUCCUUUUCAUGCAAACAAAUCUUCAAUGUUAGUUCCUUUAUACAAUAUAUUUGUCUAUAUGUUUAAUAUAAAACAUUCUGUUGUAGUGUUUACACAUCUUAUAGUUCCCGAGUAAAGGCUAAGUUUUUUUUAUACACACAAACAGGAAUAGAAAACCUAUUUUGCAAGCUUUUCGAAAAACAUGUCACAUGUCCCCCUGCCUGCCUGCAGUAUUAGAGUGCAAAUGGGCGAAAUGUCUAUGAUUUUUGACAGCUGACUUUACUGAUUUGGCCCACUGUGGCUUAGUGAGUUUUUUUCAGGGGUUUAGAGUCGAGACACCGGCCAUUUACACCCUUUGCUUGACUAAGGAAACACACGCUUUCGAAAGCUGGCAAAAUAAGUUUUGAAUUCCUGUUUGUGUUCAAAACAAACUAUGCCUUUAGUAUUCAUACCAAACUGAUGAAUCUUAUUCUGAAGUGUAGUUCCAUAGGUUGUUCAAAUUUACUUGAGAUGGGGAGUUAAACUCCAUAGUUUUCUCAAUCAUGACUUAAAGUAAAGAGACCAAGCACUCUGUGAGACCAAGCACUCUGUAUUAAAAUUCACUUUCGGGGUGGUCGGGUGGUGCAGUGGAUAGCACACUUGCCUUUCACCAAGACGGCCGGGGUUCGAUUCCCCGAUCGG